GGUCCUGGCAGGUACAGCCCGCCUCCUUCCUGCACAGAAAAGAAACAUUCAGUGACGGACAUGCUUGGGACUUUCUCGGUUGUUAGUUUGAUUCCGUGCUUAGUGCUCCAGAGGACUAGUUCUUGCUGUCCUUCUUGGGUUUGCUGCGAGUCUGCGUUCGGACGCCGCGUGUUAUUCGAACACCGAACACACAACGUAACCACGCACGAGAAGUGAGUGUUCCAGGUAGGUCCACUGUAGAGGACAAUGGCCCUAAGCGACGCCAGCCAUGAAGGACGCGCUCCUGUCAGCGCCGACACCAACGCACCUUCAGCAUGCAGCAAGAAGCAGGAAGUUGUCUCAGCGGCUUCCUGUGGAGAAGACCUUCCUGUCCACAAGACCAACGGACUAAUCCAAAACGGUGGAGUUGGCCAACACAACGGCGCCCACAGGACGUGCCUCCUUGCCCCCCCCACCGAAGGACAGCAACUUCCUGUGACGGUGUCUUUAAGCGCGACCUCCACAUGUGUCUGUCCGUCACACGUCUGCUGCCAGCAGUGUAGCUUGUGCUGCCCCCUCCUGGCCACUCAUGCACCUGGCACGCCCAGCUGCUCGUGUUGCACUUACUCCCGCCGUGAUCUGCACCACCAUCAACACCUGCAGUGUCCACCACGUCCCGCUGGACUCACCCCCACUCGACCCUUUCGAUUCCCGAAAAGUUAUUCUGAGCUGAUCGCUGAUUGGCCGGUGGUGGUUCUGGGCGUGUGCACACUUCUGAUUGUCGUGUGCGCACUGGUUGGAGUUCUGGUUCCUGACCUGCCCGAUUUCUCGGACCCUCUUCUGGGUUUCGAGCCUCGAGGGACUCCUAUUGGUCAACGCUUGGUCACAUGGAACAACAUGGUGAAGAACACGGGAUACAAAGCAACACUCGCCAACUAUCCCUUUAAAUAUGCUGACCAGCAGGCCAAAAGUCACCAAGAAGCAAAGUGGGGUGAAGAUCAUGUGGAGCGAGAGAGACGACAAGCUCAGUGGGACUUUAGGAAAGACUUCUUCUGUGACGUGCCUGGUUCCAGCUACUCCAGGCUGGUCUUCUCAUCAGCCGAGGGCAAGAACCUGUGGAGUAUCCAGGCCAUCAAAUCCAUGUGCAACCUGGACAACACUCGGGUGCGCUCUCACCGCGACUAUUGGAGCUUAUGUCAGCGCACCAACGACGCUUCCUGUUGUCCCAGUUGGACUCUGGGUAAUUACAUCGCCGUCCUCGCCAACAGGUCCUCCUGCCAGGUGAUCACCGAGCGUGACGUGUCGCACACACUCAAGAUCCUGCGCUCGUGCGCCAAGUACUACCACAAUGGCACUCUGGCGCCGGACUGCUGGGACGUGGCGCUGAAACGCAAAGAUCAGCUCAAGUGCGGCAAUGUGCCUCGCAAGUGCACCAAGUACAACGCUGUCUACCAAAUACUGCACUUCCUGGUCGAUAAGGACUUCCUGAGCCCGAAGAGCAUGGAAGCACCUGUGCUCAGGUACAGCAUGCUCUUCUCGCCCACGGAGAAAGGAGAGUCCAUGAUGGACAUUUAUCUGGACAACUUCGAGAAAUGGAACUCUUCCGACGGCAUCACUACAGUGACCGGCAUCGAGUUUGGCAUCAAACACGAGCUCUUCCAGGACUACCUUUUGACGGACACAGUGUACCCGGCCAUCGCCAUGGUGAUCGUCCUGCUGGUCAUGUGUCUGUACACGCGCUCCGUCUUCAUCACCCUGAUGACCAUCAUCGCCAUCAUCAGCUCCCUCAUCGUGUCCUACUUCCUCUACCGCCUGGUCUUCAACUUCCACUUCUUUCCCUUCAUGAACCUGACGGCGCUCAUCAUCCUGGUGGGUAUCGGAGCCGAUGACGCUUUUGUGCUUUGCGACGUGUGGAAUUACACCAAAGUGGACAAGCCCGACGCCGAGCUGGCAGAGACGGUCAGUGUGACUCUGCAGCACGCCGCCUCGUCCAUGUUUGUCACCAGCUUUACCACCGCCGCUGCCUUCUACGUCAACUAUGUCAGCAACAUCACCGCCAUCCGCUGCUUCGGCGUCUACGCAGGGACGGCCAUCUUGGUCAACUACAUCCUCAUGGUGACGUGGCUCCCGGCGGUGGUGGUGCUGCACGAGCGCUACCUGCCCAAUGUGCUGCCUUGCCCAAAGCCCUCGCGCCAGCGCAGCGGUUUUUGCAUACAGAUGUUUCUGGCGGGACUUUGCCAGAAGGCCAACACUUUUCUGUUUAGAGUCUCUGAAGCCUCGAGAAUCUUCUUUGAGAAAGUUCUCCCCUGCCUUGUCAUCAAGCUGCGCUACCUGUGGCUCCUUUGGUUCCUCGGUCUCGCAGUGGGCGGCGCCUAUGUGGUUUGCGUCAACCCCAAGAUGAAGCUCCCAUCGUUGGAGCUGGCCGAGUUCCAAGUGUUCCGUUCCUCGCACCCUUUCGAGCGCUACGAUGCUGAGUACAAGAAAGUGUUCAUGUUCGAAAGGGUGCAUCAUGGAGAGGACCUGCAUAUGCCCAUCACCAUUAUCUGGGGCAUCAACAACGUGGAUAACGGGGACCCCCUCAAUCCCAAAAACAAAGGCAAGUUGAUGUUGGACAGCAGCUUCAACAUUGCCAGCCCAGAUUCUCAGCUGUGGAUCCUCAACUUCUGCCAGAAGCUUCGAAACCAGACUUUUAUUUUUCAGUCAGACGAGCAGGACUUCACCAGCUGCUUCAUGGAGACCUUCAAGCAGUGGAUGGACAACCAAGACUGUGAGGAGGCUUCCGUGUUUCCGUGUUGCAGUCAGUCCGUGUUCCCCUACAAGCAGGACGUGUUUGAGUUGUGCAUCAAGAGAGCCAUCAUGGAGUUGGACCGCAGCACCAACUACCACCUGGACAGCAAGACUCCUGGACCUCGCUUUGACAUCAACGACACCAUCAGGGCCAUCGUGCUGCAGUUCCACAGCACCUUCCUCUUCACGCUGGCCUACGACAACAUGCACCGCUUCUUCUACCAGGUGGACGCCUGGAUCAGCGAGGAGUUGCGUCACGCCCCGGCCGGCCUCAGUCACGGCUGGUUUGUCAGCAACUUGGACUUCUUCGACCUGCAGGACAGUCUGUCCGACGGCACUUUGGUCGCCAUGGCACUGUCUGUGGGCGUGGCCUUUAGCGUGAUGCUGCUGACCACCUGGAACGUCAUCAUCAGUCUGUACGCCAUCUUGUCCAUCGCCGGAACCAUCUUCGUCACAGUGGGCUCCUUGGUGCUCCUAGGCUGGGAGUUGAAUGUCUUGGAGUCGGUCACCAUUUCCGUGGCCGUGGGACUGGCGGUGGACUUCGCCGUCCAUUACGGCGUGGCCUACAGGCUGGCGCCGGAGUCAGAGCGCGAGGGAAAGGUGAUGUUCUCCCUCAGCCGGAUGGGCUCCGCCAUCGCCAUGGCCGCCCUCACCACCUUCAUCGCGGGCGCCAUGAUGAUGCCCUCCACCGUCCUGGCGUACACGCAGCUGGGCACCUUCAUGAUGCUCAUCAUGUGCAUCAGCUGGGCCUUUGCCACCUUCUUCUUCCAGUCUUUGUGUCGCUGCCUGGGACCUCAGGGUGCCUGGGGGCAGAUCCCGCUGCCCGCCAAGUGCCGGCCUUUCAACCGGGGCGCCGAGGCGGGUGCCCGAGGGAAAUAUCGGCCGGACGCCGGUCACGCGGCUGCGCAACAUUACGAGCUGGCGCCGCUGGCGUCCAGUCGGAACGCUGAAGAGGAUGAAGAACUUUGGAAUAGAUUACUUUCCCAGCAGCAAAGUACUCCCGCUUGUGAUAGAUUACUUUCACAGCAGCCAAGUAGUCACACUUGUAAUAGAUUACUGUCACAGCAGCAAAGUACUCCCGCUUGUGAUAGAUUACUUUCCCAACAGCCAAGUAGUCACACUUGUAAUAGAUUACUUUCCCAGCAGCAAAGUAAUCCCAUUUAUGAUAGAUUACUUUCCCAGCAGCCAAGUAGUCACACUUGUGAUAGAUUACUUUCCCAGCAGCAAAGUUGUCACACUUGUAAUAGAUUACCUUCCCAGCAGCAAAGUACUCCCACUUGUAAUAGAAUACUUUCCCAGCAGCAAAGUACUCCCACUUGUAAUAGAUUAUUUUCACAGCAGCAAUGUAGUCACACUUGUAAUAGAUUACUCUCAGAUCAGCAAAGUAGUUCCACUUGUAAUAGAUUACUCUCAGAGCAGCAAUGUAGUUACACUUGUAAUAGAUUACUCUCAGAGCAGCAAAGUAGCCAGACUUGUAAUAGAUUACUUACAGAGCAGCAUUGUAGUCACUCUUGUAAUAGAUUACUCUCAGAGCAGCAAAGUAGUCAGACUUGUAAUAAAUUACACUUAGAGCAGCAAAGUAGUCAAACUUGUAAUAGAUUACUCUCAGAGCAGCAAAGUAGCCAGACUUGUAAUAGAUUACUUACAGAGCAGCAUUGUAGUCACUCUUGUAAUAGAUUACUCUCAGAGCAGCAAUGUAGUUACACUUGUAAUAGAUUACUCUCAGAGCAGCAAAGUAGCCAGACUUGUAAUAGAUUACUUACAGAGCAGCAUUGUAGUCACUCUUGUAAUAGAUUACUCUCAGAGCAGCAAAGUAGUCAGUCUUGUAAUAGAUUAUUCUCGGAGCAGCAAUGUAGUCAGACUUGUAAUAGAUUACUCUCAGAGCAGCAAAGUAGUCAGACUUGUAAUAAAUUACACUUAGAGCAGCAAAGUAGUCAAACUUGUAAUAGAUUACUCUCAGAGCAGCAAAGUAGUCAGACUUGUAAUAAAUUACUGUCCCAGCAGCAAAGUACUCCCACUCAGGUGAAGGAGAGCACCUGCUGGUCGGGUCCUGAUCAGCAGGCCCGGCACACACACAACGCGAACUGCUCAUGUGGGGAACGUCCUCCUCAGUGGACGCUCCUGGACUCGAACCCUCAACUGGUGCCGGAGGCAGCACAGCAUUGGACGAAGGAGAACUUUUGCACGGAGGAGCUCCUCCCACAUCCUCACGUGCACGGCUGUAGCCUGCCAGGAGGAGCGAUGCACCCCGAACAUGCACUCGCUGCAAACAUGGCAGCUGCUUCAGAACCUUUGAGCAACCACAAAGUCCAACCUUGUCACGGUUUACGGUCCGAUCAGAUGCUCGAAAAUCCAAGGACUCCAACGAUGACUCGCGCAGCUCAUCGUCACGGUAACACACACGCACCAGCACCGGUGGACACACGCUGGGAAAGUGCAAAUGAAAGUAAAAGUGAAAGUGUGGACAAGCAGAACUUGCAAAAGAAAGUUUCCUGUUUGAAAGUGAACUCUGUUUCAGACUUGAAUUUGCCAAAGAGUGAAAUGAGUUUUUCCCCAGUUGUAAUAAAUAGUCGCUCUUCUCAGAGCUUAUGCUAAUACACAUCAUUCAUAGUAGUUCAUCAUAAUAUUUAAUUAUAGUACACACAUAUUUCAGCAUAAUACACAUCAUAGUAUUUCAUCCUAAUACACACAAUAUUUCAUCAUAAUACACAUUAAUGGUAUUUCAUCAUAAUACACAUCAUGCAUAGUAUUUAAUCAUAAUACACAUUUCAUCAUAAUACACAUCAUUCAUAAUACUUCAACAUAAUACACAUAAUUCAUAGUAUUUCAUCUUAUUACACAUAAUUCAGAAUAUUUCAUAAUUCACAUCAUUCAUAGUGUGUCAUCAUAAUACACAUUAUUCAUAGUAUUUCAUCAUAAUACACAUAGUAUUUCAACAUAGUACACACAAUAUUUCAUCAUAAUACACAUAGUAUGUCAUCAUAAUAUACACUAUUUCAUCAAAAUACACAUCAUCCAUAGUAUUUCAUAAUACACACAUUUCAUCAUAAUACACAUCCUUCAUAGUAUUUCAUCAUAAUAGACAUAGUAUUUCAUCAUAAUAUACACACUAUUUCAUCAUAAUACACAUCCUUCAUAGUAUUUCAUUAUAAUACACAUACACAAUAUUUCAUAAUGCACAUCAUUAAUAGUAUUUCAUCAUAAUACACACGUUUCAUCAUAAUACACAUCAUUCACAAUACUUAAUCAUAAAACACUUCAUUCAUAGUAUUUCAUCAUAAUACACAUCGUUCAUUUCAUCACAAUAAAAUAAUUAAAAUAUGAACAUACCGACUUCCUGUUGAGUGCAAAGUAAGCGUCACAAUAAAAACAUUAAAACAUGCACACACUGACUUCCUGUUUUGUGCAAAGUAGGCGUCACAAUAAAAGCAAUAACACAUGCACACACUGACUUCCUGUUCAGUGCAAAGUAGGUGUCACAAUUAAAGCAAUAACAAAUGCACACGCUGACUUCCUGUUCAGUGCAAAGUAAGCAUCACGACUAAAGCAAUAACACAUACGCACUCUGACUUCCUGUUCAGUGCAAAGUAGAUGUCAUAAUAAAAGCAUUAAAACACACAUAUACUGACUUCCUACUGAAUGCAAAGUAAGCGUCAUAAUAAAAGCAUUUACCAUGCACAUACUGACUUCCUGUUGAGUGCAACGUAUGCGUCAUAAUAAAAGCAUUAAAACAUGCACACACUGACUUCCUGUUUAGUGCAAAGUAAGCGUCAUAAUAAAAGUAAAACAUGCACAUAUUGACUUCCUGUUGAGUGCAACGUAAGCGUCAUAAGCAUUAAAACAUGCACAUACUGACUCCGUUGAGUGCAAAUUAUGUGUCACAUUAAAAGCAUUCAAAUAUGCACAUUCUAACUUCCUGUUGAGUGCCAAGUAAGCGUCACAAUAAAAGCAUUAAAGCAUGCACACACUGACUUCCUGUUUAGUGCAAAGUAAGCGUCAUAAUAAAAGUAAAACAUAAACAUACUGACUCAGUUGAGUGCAAAUUAUGUGUCACAUUAAAAGCAUUCAAAUAUGCACAUUCUAACUUCCUGUUGAGUGCCAAGUAAGCGUCACAAUAAAAGCAUUAUACAUGCACACACUGACUUCCUGUUGAGUGCAAAGUAUGUGUCACAAUAAAGGCAUUAAAACAUACACAUACUGACUUCCUGUUGAGUGCAAUGUAUGCGUCAUAAUACAAGCAUUAAGACAUGCACACACUGACUUCCUGUUUAGUGCAAAGUAAGCAUCAUAAUCCAUCCAUCCAUUUUCUACCGCUUGUCCCUUUUGGGGGAGGGGAGGGGGGUGCUGGAGCCUAUCUCAGCUGCAUUCGGGCAGAAGGCGGGGUACACCCUGGACAAGUUGCCUUCUCAUCGCAGGGCCAACACAGAUAGACAGACAACACUCACAUUCACAGCCCUUUGAGACACUUGUGAUUUAGGGCUAUAUAAAUCAACAUUGAUUGAUUGAUUCACACACUAGGGCCAAUUUAGUGUUGCCAAUCAACCUAUCCCCACCAGGUGCAUGUCUGUGGAGGUGGGAGGAAGCCGGAGUACCCGGAGGGAACCCAUGCAGUCACGGGGAGAACAUGCAAACUCCACACAGAAAGAUCCUGAGCCCCGGGAUUGAACUCAGGACUACUCUGGACCUACGUAUUGUGAGGCACAUGCACUAACCCCUGUACCACCGUGCUACAUCAUAAUGAAAGCAUUAAAACAUGCACAUACUGAUUUCCUGUUGAGUGCAAAGUAAGCGUCACAAUAAAAGCAUUCAAACAUGCACACACUGACUUCCUGUUGAAUGCAAAGUAUGCGUCACAAUAAAAACACGCCAUUAUUAAUUUAGAUUCUACCACAGCAGCUUUGUUAAAGUAUAUAAAAUAUUACAAAUAAAAAUAUGUCAAUAAACUAGCGUAGUUUGAACAAUCCCCUUUCUUCUGCUCAAAAUAACAAUGUUGGUUAUGUCGACAACCACAGCAAGUCUAAGGGCGUCAACUUAAAUAGGUUCCAUUUUGUUACCAAUGAUUGUUCAGCUUGUUUGCUAUGAAUGAAAUAAAGAUCAAUAAAGAUGUAACAAUUACAAAUAUUUCAUGUGGCUAAAAAUACAUUGCACAAUAUAUGUGAUGUCAUUGAGAGAAACAAGUACAGUAUGUGAUGUCAUUGAAAGAAAUAAGUACAGUAUGUGAUCCAUAAAAUAUUAUUUUUACGCAAUCGCAUGCAAAUGAAUAAAUGCUUUGUAUU